GAAUAAAAUAUUAUCAAUUAUAAAAAUAGUUUGACUUGCUCAAUAAAAUUUGAUGCUUCAUUUUCUCUUUCAAAACGAGCAUUCGAUUGUAAAGUUGAAAACAUGGUGAAAUUAAGAUAAUCUUUUAUCUUUCUAAAAUAUUCAUUGUUUAUAACAUCUUGACUUGAUCCAUGUCUAAAUAUACUUCAAGUAUUAAGAGAGGAAAUACAGUAGUUGCAAAAAGUCUCGCUAUCUGACAAAAGAUACCUAAACUGCAAUCCUUUUGCUUGAUAUUUUGACUAAAAAUAGAGCUCGAUAAAUUCUGAUUGCAAACAGCAAUCCAAGGUCGACAGAUCUUAAUGCAAAGGAUUUAUAAUGAAAACACUGUUUUGUCUCCCUUAGUUCCCCAAAAAGGUUCUUUUUAUUGACAUUUUCCUGGUUUUGCACUAUUUCAAUACGUUAAUGUCAAUUUUCUUAUUUAAUAAAUAAAGAUUCGCACGUCUAUAUCAUGUCAUAAAUGGGACACUUCAAUCCGCUAUAAUUUUGAGACGUUGGACAGCCUUUAUUAUCAGAGAUGGUCUUAGCAUAUAUCUCUUCUCCAUUGAUGGUUGUGAUCAUGAAAUUUUGAUUAGAACAGGAUACUUACUGGAGAAGAUGUCAAGGCAAGUGGUUAAAAUUAGCCGAAGAUAUUGUUCUCUUUUUGACGGCUCUUAUCAACUCUCAUGUGAUUAUUAUACUCAAAGAAUACUUCAUAAAUCAUGCAAAUCCUCGAAUGAGGCAUCUAACAUCAUCAGAUUCGUUUUCUAUGUUGAAAUAUCUUCGUCUGAGGAAAACAUCUAUGUUAAUCUUCUAGCUCUUUCGCAUGAAGACUGAUCAAGUUUUAAUCAGUUCUUGUGAUCAGCAUUCACAUGCUCUAUUUGUAGUCAUAAUAUGAGACUAAAGGGUUAAAGUUUAGGUACUUUUUAUCUAGUAGCGAGACUGUUGUGACUACUGUAGCUAAUUCUUCAUUUCAAUAAAACAAAAAGUACGAUGAUAUUUAAUUAUUAAUUUCUUUACACUUCGUUAAAUAUUCGUUUUCCAUGGUUUUAAUUCAAGUGUAAGACUAAUUUUUUCUAAGACAACAUAUUAAAUAUCAUCUGUUGUUUUGUUUCCCUUGAACAAAAAUGUUUUUUUUUUUGUAUUAUUUAGAUAACACGUAUGUUAACAGUCCAAUAUCGAAUGAAUGAAGCCAUAAUGAAUUGGUCAUCAAAUGAAUUUUAUCAAGGAAAAUUAAUUGCUGAUGAAUCAGUUAAAUCUCAUCUUUUAAAAGAUUUAUCAAAUAUUUCAAAACGUGAUAAUGCAUAUGAAAUAGAUGAUGAAAAUUUAUCUCAAUGUCCAUUAUUUCUUAUUGAUACAA